AUGACGGGUGACCUUGACCGUUGGCUGGGCUCCGUCGGAAAACUCCUCGGCAUGGGCGACCGCAAGAAGGGUCUGGGUGACUUCGCCCUGGACUUAUUGUUGGUGGCUGGCAUGAUGGCAACCGGCGUAUACCUUGCAAGGAACUUCUUGUCAUCGCUCACCAAUACCCUCGCCGACCCCGAUCGAGAGAAACACGAGCAAGCACGAUUGCAGGCGAAGGCCCACCUGGAGCGUUUGCGCAAAGGGAAGAAUGCCGGCAAAUCUGGCGAAGACCCGUCCGACGACAGCAACGCAUCUCGCCGCGGACCGAAGCCAGAAGAGUUGGUGUUAAAUGAGUACGAGAACCUUAUUGCUCUGGAAAUGGUGGCCCCGGAGGAUAUCCCUAUUGGGUUCUCUGAUAUUGGCGGCUUGGAGGAUAUUAUCGAUGAGCUCAAAGAGUCUGUCAUAUAUCCCCUAACUAUGCCACAUCUGUACUCUCAUGCGGCACCACUUCUGUCCGCUCCAUCUGGCGUAUUGCUCUACGGCCCCCCUGGAUGCGGCAAGACCAUGUUGGCCAAGGCGGUCGCCCGCGAGAGUGGCGCAUCUUUCAUCAACUUACACAUCUCGACUGUUACCGAGAAGUGGUAUGGUGACUCGAACAAGCUGGUCCGCGCUGUGUUCUCACUAGCUCGCAAGAUGCAGCCUGCUAUCAUUUUUAUCGAUGAAAUCGAUGCUGUCUUGGGCACAAGAAGGAGCGGCGAGCAUGAGGCUAGUGGUAUGGUCAAGGCAGAGUUCAUGACCCUUUGGGACGGUUUGACAUCGUCAAACUCUUCAGGUAUGCCGGCCAGAAUUGUGGUUCUGGGGGCGACAAACCGGAUACACGACAUUGAUGAGGCCAUUCUCAGGCGAAUGCCCAAGAAGUUCCCGGUUUCUCUGCCAAGCAAAGAGCAGAGACGGCGCAUUCUGCAGCUCAUUCUCAAGGACACAAAGACCGAUGCAGAUUUUAGUCUGGAAUAUAUCACAAAAGUCACUGCCGGCAUGUCGGGCAGCGAUAUUAAGGAAGCAUGCCGCGAUGCCGCCAUGGCGCCGGUUCGUGAGUAUAUGCGAGAGCAUCGGGCGAGCGGCAACUCCAUGUCCAGCAUCACGCCUGAGCACUUUCGGGGGAUCCGUACAGAAGACUUCUUUGGAAGGAAAGGUGGCGGUCAGAUUCUGAUGGACAAUCAUGCCAAGCAUUCAACGAAGGCUUCAGGGGCAUCAGCAACUGAUGAGUACGAGGAUAUGGUGGAGGAGUUGGGGUGA